UUCUGGCCAUUUGACAGAUGAAAGUACAAACCCACUCUUGCAUAGUCAACAUUCCCAUGCAUCACAAGUGUCUUCAGAUUCUGAUCUAAUCAGAGACCACACCAUGGCAACAGAACAAGAACUUGCUACAGUUGCUGGGGAAGAUUAUGAACAGUUUUUAAUGGAGCAGACAGAAAAUGACACGUUUAUAGAUGAAAAUGAUGACUGGCAUUGUCAUGCAACAACUGCCAAAAUUCCAGAAGACAAAACAGCCAGAAACCAGUUGAUAGCCGUAUCAGUAUUGUGUUUCCUGUUCAUGGUUGGUGAAGCUAUAGGUGGAGCAUUGUCCAACAGUCUGGCGUUAUUCACAGAUGUACUUCACCUUGGUAGUGAUUUGAUCAGUUUCCUGAUAAGUCUUUUAUCAAUGUACCUUGCCAAGAAGCAUGCCACCCGUAACAUGUCAUUUGGCUAUCACAGAGCAGAGGUUCUAGGAGCUCUAUUCAGUGUGUUCAUCAUAUGGUCGGUGACUGGAGUGUUAGUUUAUGUUGCUAUAGAAAGAAUUAUAAAGGAACAUUAUAAAGAUGUGAAAGCAAAUGAAAUGUUGAUAACAGCAACACUAGGUGUAGUUUUUAAUAUAGUGAUGGGAAUAGUUUUACAUUCAGAGAAGUGUUGCGGUAAAUCACAGUCACGUCCCAGUUUUGGUCAUGGGCACGGGCAUAGCCACGGGUCUGGGCAUUCUCACAAUUCUCAUUCCAGUCAUACAAAUGACAAUGGUUAUCAAAGGGCACCAAAUCACAGUCAUUCACACUCUGGGGGCAGGGAGCAUGGAGACUAUGAACCGUUACUUCCAGAUGAAGAAAAUCUACAAGUGGAGGAAGAAGAUGAUCUCAGAAAUCCAGAAUUGCCUUUGUCAGAAUCCACUGAAAAACCACAUCCAAAGAAUAUAAAUGUUAGAGCAGCUUUUAUACAUGUGAUAGGAGAUAUUAUACAGAGCAUGGGUGUACUUCUUGCAUCCAUUAUAAUUAAGUUAAAGCCGGAGGAAAAGUACAGACUUGCUGAUCCUAUAUGUACAUUCCUAUUCUCUAUACUUGUUCUGUUUACAACUGUUAAUGUAUUGAGGGAUACCCUUAGGAUAAUCAUGGAAGGUGUACCACGGGAUACAGAUUAUUUCUCUAUAAAACAAAGUUUACAGAGAUUAAACGGUGUUAAAGCUGUACAUGGUCUUACUGUCUGGUGUCUGACUUUAGAGAAAAAUGCUCUAGCUGUUCAUUUAGCAAUAGAUAAGACAGUGACCCAUCAACAAGUAUUGUUUGAAGCUUCCAAGGUGCUAAAAGAUAACUUUAACCUUUUACAUACCACCAUACAAGUCGAAGACUACAGGCCUGCCAUCAUGGCCAGGUGCUAUUCUUGCCAGGAACUGAAGAAGUAGUUACCGUGGCAACUGCUUCAGAAAUGCUCAGUUUGAAAUUUAUUUGUCUCCACGCAUCAAAUUUAUCAUAAAUUCAUACUACAUAGAAAAGAAAUGCAUGUCUUGAGAGUUUAUGACAGAUUGCAGAUUUUUUUGCACAUUAUAUAAAUGAAUGGAAAAGUGAUACAUUUUAUUUAAAUAAAUGGUAAAGUGAUAUAUUUUAUAUAGAUAAAUGAAAGAGUGAUACAUUUUAUAUAGAUAAAUGGAAAAGUUAUACAUUUUAUAUAAAUAAAUGGAAAAGUUAUACAUUUUGUAUAAAUAAAUGGAAAAGUUAUUCAUUUUAUAUAGAUAAAUAGAAAAGUGAUAAUUUUUUCCAAAAAUGGAAAAGUGAUACUAGUACAUUUUCCAAAAUGGAAAAGUAGCAACUUUUUUCCAAAAUGGAAAAAAGUAGUGAUACAUUUUUGGGAAGUGAUACAUUUUUCCAAAAUUGUAAUUUAGAAAUUUAGAAAAUCAAUUACAAAGUAAUUUAGUGGGUGUAUUAUAUGGGUUGUUAUUAUCACAGAAUAUUGUGUUCAUCUGUAACCAUUUAACUCCACCAAAAUGUUGAUACAUUGUAAUAUAGUACAUGUACCUAUCCAACUUACACCAAAAAACAACUUUGAAAUUAUUGUAAAUGAUAAAGGUUCAUCUUGACCAUCGUGUCUAAUUAAGUCUUUACCUGAUGAAUUUAUGUAAUUGGUUUGUCCAGUUUUUAAUUGGCGCCAUGCAAUGUUUAAGGGAUUUUAAUAUCAAAAUAGAAGAAUUAAUCUACCAACAGUAUAGAGCCUGGUCAGUCAUGCAGGUUGGCCUGGUUAUAUACUGGUGGCAAAAGGCCAAUCAUAAUUAUUCAUUUGGAGCAUCUGAAGGGUUUAAUGAUAUGUUAUUAACACAUUAUCAUGCUUUGUUUGUAUGCAUUAUAUUAAUAGGUCUUUUUAUCAUGACUCAGGAUAUAAUGCAUUACUAUGUUAAAAUCAUUUAAAUCAGACAAACUUGUGAGUCUUAUUUUGAUAAAGAUGGAAAACGUAUACUCAUUUCCAGACACCUUUGAUUAGAUAUCAUAUGGGUGAAAUGGAAUUUGUUAAGUAAAUAUCCAUAAUAGUUUAUUAAGAAAUAGGUUUUAUAAUAUUUGGGCUAUUGUUUUACUAUUGUAUAGAAUGAUAACAGGUGUAGACUACUGUAUGAAUAUAAAAUUAAAUUCUAUUUUUUUUUAUUUGAAAAGAAAGGUGCAUUAUAUCUAAAUCUAUGAACAGAUCAGAACAUACGUUAAACAACACAAUCUGAGUUUUGGUGCAAAAUUAAUUUCUAACUCUUUUGAUAAUAUACGAGACACAAAAUGUAAAUACAAAGUUGCAUCAGUAUUGACUAUUGUUAUAUAAUUUUACUAUCCAUUGCUUAAUUUGACUUGUGAUAAUAUUAUAAAAUUGCACCAGUACAGUUAUAUUAUUAUUAUACAUUUGCUUAUAAUUGAAUGAUUUGUUAUUCACAAAGUAAUUAUUUGUAUAUUUUUGUACAAAACUAAUCUAUAUAUACAUUAUUAGAUAUCAUUGCCUGAUUGCUUUCUUCAGUACUGUUUUUUACCUGCUUACUAUGUUUUCUUCUACAGUAGCUAAGAUACAAGAUUCAGUCUUGUCAAAACUCAUUACAUUGUCAAGAGAAAAAUUGCCCAUAGCUCAGUUGCACAAAUACUUGUUGCUUUACGACAUUUCUUUAGUAAGUAAAAAUAAAUGGCAUGAAAUUAUGAAACCACACCUGUACUUAAUGGAAUUAACUCCAUGCCUGCUGGUGGCAACUGUUGCCAACAGAUUCUACCAAUGGUGUUGUUGGUGUUGGUAGUAUACCCUCCAGAUCAUGAGAGUAUGCUACCUUUGAAAAUUCACCAGAGCACAGUUCGGCCACCACAUCGUUCCUGGGCAGGCUGUCAAGCAGAUUACCAGUACUAGUUGCCUUCACUUUCACAAGAAACUAAUAACGUCUGUACAUGCCAGAACAGAGGUACAGUGGGAAUGACCAUUGAAAGGAUUCAUGAUCAAUCACAACAAAGGUGACCUGCACUGUGUGGGAAUUGAACCAACACUACCUAUUGAGCCAGAUUCUACCUAGGCAACCAGUACCCAGUUAGAUACCAACAAUUUGAGGAUGACUUUCCAUCUAUCUGAUCAUGGUCUGCACAACAUGUAUUUGCUAUUCAAUCUGUAGUUAUUUUGAAAAUUUUCCUAAAAUGAUUAAUGGUUUUGUCCAGAAAAAAAGAUAAACAUUAGUCCAUUGAGUGUUGUAAGGAUUAAAUAUUUUUUUAUAAUCCUGUCAGCAUGCUGAAGGUUUUCCUUUUGUUUAUCAAACGACUGCUUUGUCACCAUCUGUUUAGUUGUAAUAAAAAAAACCCAUUCACUCACAGAUGUCAUGUUAUAAUUCAAUGAAACAUUGUUUCAAACAACAUUUUAUCAUAGAUGAAAUUAUAUUUAUAUUCAUGUACAGUUUAAUGCAUCAUUUUAAAUUUCCAUAACUGCUUUUGUAGUUUAGAAAAGUACAACAAAAAUUUGAAAGUUCAUAAUUUUCAAACUGGGCAUUCAAGCUAUGUAAUUAUUCUGAGUCAUGUACAAUGUGUACAAUAGUAAUGUUAAUUCUGUACAAUGUGUACAAUAGUAAUGUUAAUUCUGUACAAUGUGUACAAUAGUAAUGUUAAUUCUGUACAAUGUGUAC